AAAAUUUCCAAAUCCCAAAUAUUUUCGCUCCAUAAGCAAGGAGUCCGUCGCAUACGUACUCCUAUCAUUAGGCGGUGAGCUAGGCAAUUAGACCUAAUCUCAGUUUGUCGCCGGGCUUAAUUAUUUUGCCCUAAGCUGCAUCUUCAAUUCGAUCAACACGUUGCUAAUCGAUCUUCCUCGCCGUGCUCAUCUUCUUGCCGUGCUGAUUUGCCCUAUCUGUUGCGAUUCUCAGAGAAUCGCCUCGCCGAUUUGCGGCUUAAGGGAUUCUCAGUGAAUCCUUGCCUCGCUCGAUCAUUAAGCAUUGCUCCAGGUCUUAUAUCUCGCUACAGUGCCUAAUCGGGCGACUACUGCUCUAAAUCGGCCGACUUUAUCGCAAAAUCAGGUCACUCCCUUCUACAGUCGUGAAAUAUUUUCCUCUAGCUUACCUCCUCAUGUUCUCCCUAUGUACGUGAGUCUUCUUUCGUUCUCUUCCCCAGCCGCCCACAACUCCAAGUAAAGAAUAUUCAAAGUCUCUUGGUUCAAAUGGUCCUAAAAUCUCUGAAAAUGAAUGGUGGGAGAGUUUUAAGAGGUGGUUCAAGAAUGAAGUUACACGGUUGUGUGAGAGUAUUAAGACACAAGAUAUGAGGAAUUUGCUAACAUUGUCUCGCGGACCAACACGAUAUGUGACAUCUUGUAGUGGUUAUAUUGUUAAUGGAUAUAGGUUUCACAUACAAAGUCGUGAGAGGACUUUGAGAACACAAAAUAGUGGGGUAGUUGUGAUGGGAAAUUCAGGGAAUGGACAUGAAAAUAUUGACUAUUACGGAGUAGUCAUUGAAAUAUUAGAGAUGCAAUAUCAUGAGGGGAACCGUGUAGUGUUAUUCCGCUGUAAAUGGUGGGAUGUGCAUGACAAGGUUAGAGGUAUUAAAACAGAUGAGUAUGGCUUUGUUAGUGUUAAUCCCAACAAGCAAUUGAAAACGAUUGAGCCGUUUAUCUUGGCUAGUCAAGCGAGACAAGUCUUCUAUGUCACUUACAACGCUAACAAAGGAUGGCAGCUUGUGGUAAAAAAUCGGCCCCACAUAUUUUGUGACAUGGAAGACGAUGACAAUGAUAAAAGCAACAAAGGUGAUGCAUACCAAUGUAGUGAAUUGUUCCCAACUGCAUAUAUUGCUUCAUCAUCAACAACUGCAAGUGCUGAAGUAUAUAAAAGUAGAGUUGAUAUUGAUCCGGAAGUCGUGGAAGAUAUUUCAAAGAGGAGGACUACUGAAAAAGGAUGCCACAAAAGGAGAAGAGAG